AUGCUGAAUAGUAUUAUUUACAUUUUUACUCUCGUAUUCUACUUCCAUGUGUCUAUAGAAUCGAUUGAGAUUAGUCCUUGUGCUAAGUGGGAUCCAAAUGGUAAAACAGUAGCGGGUACAGGUAUCAGUGGUGCUGGAGCAACUGAUUUGUCUAUGCCGAAAGGAAUUUUCAUGUUGACAAGAACUAAUACAUUAUAUGUAGCUGAUUUUGGUAAUCAACGAGUUCAAAUGUUUUCAUUAAAUACACCUCACGGUUCAGAUGAUGAUGACGGACCAUCAAUAUACGUUUCGGUUUUUAUUGGAAAUCGAGUAGAAAAAUGGACGAAAGGAGCAUUGAAAGGUAUUCAACUAGGUGAUGAAUGUCGAUCAUGUUUUGGUAUAGCAGUUGAUGAAGAAAAGAACGUCUAUAUGUCAGAAUCGGAUCGACAUCGUGUAAUCAAAUGGUUACGAAAAACAAAUUUGACAGAAGUUGUUGCUGGUCAAACGGAUGAGAGAGGAAAUGGAAAUGAAUAUCUUAGUUCACCUGAUGGGCUUUAUUUUGAUCGAACUACUGAUGAUUUAUAUGUGGCCGAUUCAGGAAAUGCUCGAAUUCAAAAAUGGAAAAAGAAUGCUUUCUCAGGCGUUGAAGUUGCUGGAUCGAACUGGACUGAUUGGGCUCAUGAUACUGAAACUUUAGCUUCACCCAAUGGUGUAUGGGUUGAUGAACAAACAAAAAUUGUGUAUAUAUCUGAUACAAGUCAUCAUCGAAUCAUGCGUUGGAUGCCAGGUGCACUUGUGGGUGUUGUCAUUGCUGGUGGAAACGGUAUGAAUCUAAACUAUCAGCAGAUAUAUAUUAUGCUUUUAGAAUCAAAUUUUGAGCAAGACACCAGUUUUUGA